AUGGCGGACGUCAACCUGUCUGGUUGGGCUUCCAACCAGUCCUGGGUUGUGGAGGAAAGGGAGGGCCUGACCGUCCCGGGGCUGGUGGGCGCCAUCUUGUCCCUGCUGUGCCUGACGGGCUGGGCGGGGAACGCCUACACGCUGGCGCUGAUGUGCCGCCUCCCCAGGCCCGCCGCCUCCCUGCGGGCCCACCUGGUGAGCUUGGCGCUGGCCGACCUGCUCUACCUGUCGUCGGGACCCUUUGUGGCGUACAACGGGGUGGCGCGCGACUGGGCGUUCGGGCAGGCCGGCUGCCGGCUGCUGCUGACCCUGGACCUGCUCACCAUGCACGCCAGCGUCUUCACCCUGACCGCCAUGAGCGCCGAGCGGCGGGCGGCCGUGGUCAGCCCCCUGAGGGCCCGGGGCCGGCGGCGCCGGCUGGCGCUGCUGGGCCUGCUCUGGCUCCUCUCGCUGGGCCUGGCCCUGCCGCUGAUGGCGGCCAUGCGGCUGGAGGAGCGGGCCCUGUUCGACGGGGAGACCCGCAGGCUCUGCACCCCGUCCUGGGGGGAGGAGGAGGUCAGGGUUUACCUCACGCUGCUCUUCGGCACCAGUUUCCUAGGCCCCGGCCUAGUCCUGGCCUACCUCUACGGAGGGCUGGCUCGGGCCUACUGGAGGUCUGAGACCCGGGCUCCAGUCCGCCGCUCGCCCAGCCUCAGGGUGCUAGGCCUGGUCUUCACCAUCGUUGCGGCCUACUGGAUAUGCUUCCUCCCUUUCUGGAUUUGGCAGUUGAUGCCGCUAUAUGAUGCCAACAGUGCCACCCGGCUCUCCUUCCGGGCCCAGGGCAGGGUCAAUGAGCUGGUCACUUGCCUGACGUACGGCAACAGCUGCUUCAACCCCUUCGUCUACACCCUGCUGACCCGCAGCUACCGGGACUACGUCAGGAGGGCGCGGAGGGGCGCGCCGGGCGGCGGCGGGGGGAGGAGGCCGGGACGGCGAGGAGGCCGGCGACGCGGGGAGGCCGGGAGGGGCCGGGCGGCGGCGAGGCAGGAGGCCGGGACGGCGCCGAGAGGCCGGAGGGAACCUAGGGAGACGGUGAGCGGACACACUGGCGCGGGAGGGAGCGGCGGUUCACCCGCACACAACGCAGCCUGGGAGGGAGUUACGUGGAAUCUCAUCGAAGUGGGGGUCGGUCUACGGAGAGAUUAA